AGCUAACAAUAUUCCUGAUAAAGCCAAGCAUAAUACAGCGUCUCCUUUUCGCUUUCCCUAUUUGGUUCAGAAAAGUGAAAGCCGUCCACCGCCAUAGCCAUCGGCAUGUCUGCGCACCUCUAGAUUUCCUCCAAAUCUCAGAUUCAUCAGCCAUGGAAGAAUCUGACAGUUACCCUAAGGAGCCCCGAAUUUCCGGCGGCGGAAGCAGUACAACGAGCGUCCACGUGACCGCGCUGGAUGGACUGGUGAACGUGAACUCUCUAUUCACGAUCGCGGUGUUCGUAGGCCUGUCACUGACAACGCCGGGGCAGCGCAGCCUGGAGAACCGGUCGGCGUGCGACGCCGGCGUGGAUGUGGCGAAGAAGCUUCUGGUGUUCGAGGUGGUGUCGUUCAGCUUCUUCCUGUUCUCGUCGCUGGUGGCGCAGGGGCUGAAGCUGGCGAUAAAUCUGCUGAACAGUAAGGACGUGGACGAGAUCUUCCGAGCGCACAUAAAUCUGAAGGUGCUCCGGCUGGGGAUGUUGGGGUCGGCGGUCGGCUCCGUCAUGGGGUGCCUCUUCCUCAUGCUGUCGAUGGUGAGCGUCAUCGAGAUCCGCCUCGGGAUGCUUUCCUGCGGUAGCAAGUCCUCCGCCCACGCCGUGGCGGCGCUCGUCGUGCUUGUCACGUCGGCGCUGCUGGUUUACAUUUCCACCGCCGUCUACGCCUUUCUGCACUGAAUCGGACCGGUGGGAAUGGGGAUUAGAUUGGCCGCCAUUGUUGCGAGAGAAUAGAUUUUGUUGUAGGUGGCGUUGGUGAAAACAUCCUUGCGUUGCUCUUGCUAGAUUUUUUUUUUUGGUUUGGUUUUGGAUCUGGUCGGUUUAUGGCACCGUUAAGCAAUGGGUUUACGACAUUUAUAUAAAAUGUUAAAUGUUAUAAUU